GGCACAGGCGAACUUACUGCCUGCAGUCCCAUGCAUCCAGUCCCUGGCUGGAGUGCAGCCAGGAGGAUUCUAGAAGCCUGCUGGCCAACCAGUUGUAUUCAUCAGGACUGGUGGAGUGUGAGGCCCCUGANCUACCUAAUACAGUUAGAAACUUUGAUCUCAAAUCAGUAAAGAAAGAGAUCUGGAGAGGAAGAAGAUUGAAAUGCUCAUUCUGUAACAAAGGAGGCGCCACNGUGGGAUGUGAUUUAUCAUACUGUAAGAAGAAUUACCACUAUGUCUGUGCCAAAAAGGACCAAGCAAUUCUUCAAGUUGAUGGAAACCAUGGAACUUACAAAGUAUUUUGCCCAGAACAUCCUCCACAGCAAGAAGAGGCCACUGAAAGUGCUGAGAGUCCGAGCAUGAAGAAGAGAGAAAGAAAGAAACGGCUUUCAUCAGGCCCUCCUGCACUGCCAAAAAUGAUGAAAUUCAGUAGCACCAAAAGACAUAUGACAGAAGAGCCUCAUGGUGACACAGAUGCAGCUGUCAAAGCUCCUUUUCUUAAGAAAUGCCAGGAAGCAGGACUUCUUAAUGAAUUAUUUGAACACAUCCUAGAAAAAAUGGAUUCAAUUCAUGGAAGACUCAUGGAUGAGACUGCCUCAGAGUCAG